GCCAUUGCUGCCGUCGAAAGAAACCGUCAGAAAGCGGUAAGUAAACCCACUCACGCCAUGUCAGCCUGAGGCAUCCACAUCCCGCGAAAUCCCCGACGUCAUGGCGCGUACCUUUCGACGACGCCUCGACGUCCUUUCUCUCCCUCAAUUACUAUCCAAUCCAUCAUGUUUCCCACAGCCCGGUGCCUGGCUGCCAAGCCCUCCGGCUUUAUCAAGCGCAGCGCCGAGGAACUCAGCCGCCUGACGCGCAUCGCCUGGAACUCCGAGGGCCUAACCACCCCAACCAAGCCCUACGUCCUCCUCGACUUCGAAAAUGACUCCUCCGUCGCCGGCUGCAAGACCAUGGCCGACCGUGCCGUCGGAGGCUACAGCACCGCCAGUCUCGACUACGUGCCUGCUGAUCCAGCAACCAAUAGUCCCGCCCAUGCUCAAUUCCACGGAAGUAUCUCGACGAAGCUACCUAUGAACUGGCGCGUUGAGCGGACGGGCUACGCCGCCUUCCGCAACCACGACCGCGGCAUGUGGCUCUUCGGCCGUCUAUACUGGGACGUUGAUCCGUACGCUUACCUCGCUCUGCGGGUGAAAUCCGACGGUCGUCGCUACACCGUCAACAUUCAGACCGAUUCUAUCGUUGAGACGGACAUUCACCAACAUCGUCUGUAUACCCGCCAUCAUCGUGUCCAGGACAACGCUGCCUCUUCCUCUUCCUCUUUUUCCUCCGUUGAUGAUGUCGAAACCCCCGAGCUCGCCGAACGAAUCUACCCCCACGGCAUCCCUCCCUCGUUGUCCGAUAUUCCCCCCGAAUCCAUCAUCAUGUCUAGUGGUAGUUCCAGCGUGACUACAUCCAGUUCUACGGGGUGGGAAACCAUCCUGUUACCGUUCAACUCGUUUGUGCGGACGAAUCAUGGAUUGGUGGUUGAGCCGCAGACGUCGAUUCUCAGACAGCGGGUUACGAGUGUGGGUAUUGGGUUGACGGAUCGGGUGGAGGGGCCGUUUGAUCUGCGGAUUCAUAAGAUCUGGGCGACGAAUGGCAUGGGCGAGGCGGAGAUUGAGGAGGAGAGGAGGAUUUGUGGAGCGGAUGCGUUGCCGGUUGAUGAGGGGGUUAUGACCGGGUGGAUGGGGGAGAAGAAGGGUGAGAGGGAGAAGGUGCAGCGUGCUGCUGCUGAUGGUGCUGGUGCUGGGGAGAAGAAGGAGCCCAAGGCGAAGGGGUUGAAGGGGUUGAAGGAUGAGUGGGAGCAGUAGUGGUUGAUACCUUGUUUAUCUAGAUUGUACAGUACAGUGAACUUCUACCUAGUACACUGGUUCUGAUUGGGUUCUACAAACACGGCACAUACAUUCCCCGUCUCACGACGAAGAGUCGGGUCA